AUGACUGUACCAUCGCAGUGCGCAGGCGCGGAAGUACAGGUUGUAUCCGUUCGUUCGUCUGCUGCGAAGAAGAAAUCUAAAAUGUUGUGAUGGUUUGUCGCUUCAGUUCUCUAAGAUAGCCUUCUAGCUUCGCUACAGAAUACCUCCAGCAGAAUUAACACAGUUUGGAGAGGAGUUAGGAACCAGUCGGAAGCACACAGUAAGAUUUCGGGCCGUAUAUCGCACCAUGUCCGCGGAUGUGACGGGUGAUGGCGCAGGGGCCGAGGGAGGGGGAGGGGCGGACGUGGACCAGGGGACGUACGAGUGCAAUAUCUGCCUGGACACGGCCAGAGACGCAGUGGUCAGUUUGUGCGGACACCUGUUCUGUUGGCCCUGUCUACAUCAGUGGUUGGAGACCAGACCCAACAGGCAGCUGUGUCCGGUGUGUAAGGCUGGCAUCAGCAGAGACAAGGUCAUCCCACUGUAUGGGAGGGGAGGGUCACAGAUGGAUCCCAGAACAAAAACACCUCCCAGACCACAGGGACAGAGACCAGAACCAGAAAAUAACCAUGGGGGGUGGACAUUUGGAGAUGGGGGAUUCCAGAUGUCCUUUGGGAUUGGAGCCUUUCCAUUUGGUUUCUUUGCAUCAGCUUUUAACUUCAACGAUGGAAGGCCAGGACCAGCUCCCCCAGGCACACCACAGGCAGAGGAGGAGAGAGUCCUGUCCACCCUGUUCCUCUGGAUCGCUCUCAUCUUCAUGUUCUGGCUCCUCAUGGCAUGAUGGGACUGGUGCUGCAAGGGAAACAUGCAUAUGGGAAAACAACCUGGGCAUGGGUUUAAACAGAAAAGAUUCAUCUGCUGUAGUAUCUUAUUGUUUAAUAUCUAAAUAAUUUUUGAUUUUCACAACACUUCACACUAAAAAGAUACCAUUGUCUUCUUACUUUAUACAAAUAUGAUAACAGUGUUUGGGCAUUAUAUCAUAUUGAAGACUAGCUCUAACUAAAAGGUAUAUGAUGGUGCCACAGCAUUCCAAACAAAUCCCGUAUACAUGUAUAGGAUUGCAGGAAAUACACAGCUUCAUUUUGCAUUUUAGCUAUUAUAAGAAAAGCUUGUCGGGUCUAAGAAUUCAUAUUGGUAUCUGCAUAUCUAAUGUUUGAGUAUUGCUAUGCUGUAAUUUAUGUAUUGUUAAAAGCUAGUUUAAAGACAAUUUAAGAAAUAACUGCAUCCUACUACCUUUUUGACAUAUGUUAAGAUAUUAAGUGAUUUAGACUGUCAAGCAAUUAUUUUGGGUUCAAAAGCAUUAUGAACUAUGAAAGCUGGACACCUGUUCACAUAUGGUAAGAGUGAAAAUUUGUCUUCCGCACUUGCCUUGAAAAGAUCUCUAACUGUCCAGCAUAUUUAUCUUAAAAAGAAAUUUACUUGGUUUAAAACCUCUUGUCUAGCUGAAUAGUUAGUUACACACAUGUACAAUGAGACAGUUUCUGUAGCUAGUUAGUCAUUCUUUUGCCUGUCUCAAAGCUCUGUUCAUUUAUUGGUGACAUAUCAAACAGUAUUACUGUUGUUUUUGCAAGACAUCAUUUUGUCCUUGUAAAUGCCAAACUAACUGUUUUUACCAACCAGAGCUCAUUUCAGAUUCUUGUUUCUUCAUUGCAGGGGACCAGUAAGAUCUCCUUUACCAUUGGUCAGAUGAGUACUGUUUACUGAUUGGUCAAGAGCUGAUGUGAAAUUGAUAUGAUUAUUCAUUGUUGCCAUAAAAUACAUUCAAAAAGCA